GUAUUAAAAUCCGUGGAUCCUCAUUAUAAUAGUUAUGAGACCUAAUAAUAUACUAUUCUCAAAAUCUGUUGCUUGGCAUCGUCAAGACUGAAUAAGCAAACUGUUGAAGUAGGUAAAAGGCGCAGGAAAAGUAGAAGAUGCCAGAUUAUCAAGGCAAUGGAGAGGAUGCAGGCAACCGCAGAGAAAGUUACGAAGCUUCUCCCCCGCCGAAAACCAUCGGCUUCUACAGCGGCACUGAGGAGCACGACUCCAAGUCCCAGCAUAGUUCACGGGACUCUGAGAAACAAAGAGAAUCGUCUAGAAGCAUGGAUAAGGGAAGGGAUAAAGGGCGCGACAGGGACCGAGAGAGAGAUCACGAUAGAGGGAGAGACAGAGAUCAGGAUAGAGGGAGAGACAGAGACAGGGAAAAGACCAGUGAUCACCACCACAGAGACCGCCACAGAGAUCGAGGUGAAAGAAGGGAGAGGGAGAGGACCAGAGAUAGAGAAGAUGAUGGUAACUAUAGAGGCCGUGACAGAGAUAGGCGACGAGAUUAUGACAAAGACAGAGAGGACAGGCACAGGCGUAGGUCCAGAUCUCGGUCUAAAGAUAGAUCCAAGCAUAUAUCAAAUUCCAGAUCACCUACACGGCCCAAAAGGUCCAGCGGUUUUGAUAUGGCACCUUCAGCUGCUACGAUGUUAUCUGGUGUCACUGCUGCUCCAGGUCUUGUUCCUGGAACCAACCCAGCUGUUCCUGGAAUGUUUUCUAACAUGUUUUCCAUGGCACCAGGACAGCAGUUUGGGGCACUUCCAAUGAUGCCUGUUCAGGCAAUGACUCAACAGGCCACCAGACAUGCUAGGCGAGUUUAUGUUGGUGGACUUCCUCCAAAUGCAAAUGAACAGUCUAUCGCAACAUUCUUCAGUCAUGUUAUGUCUGCAAUCGGGGGAAACAGUGCUGGCCCUGGAGAUGCUGUUGUCAAUGUUUAUAUAAACCAUGAGAAGAAGUUUGCUUUUGUUGAAAUGAGAUCUGUUGAAGAAGCCAGCAAUGCCAUGGCUUUGGAUGGAAUUAUAUUUGAGGGUGGACCAGUUAAGAUCAGAAGACCUAGUGAUUACAAUCCCUCACUGGCAGCUACUCUUGGUCCUAGUCAACCGAGCUCUAAUCUCAAUCUUGCAGCUGUAGGAUUAGCACCAGGCUCUGCUGGGGGACUUGAAGGCCCUGACCGUAUUUUUGUGGGUGGCCUCCCUUAUUAUUUCACGGAGGCACAGAUCAGGGAAUUGUUAGAGUCUUUUGGCCCACUUCGAGGAUUUGACCUUGUGAAAGACAGAGAGACUGGAAACUCUAAAGGCUACGCUUUUUGUGUUUACCAGGAUGUCUCAGUUACAGACAUUGCUUGUGCAGCUCUUAAUGGGAUUAAAAUGGGUGAUAAAACUCUCACCGUUAGACGUGCUAACCAAGGCACCGCACAGUCUAAACCUGAGCAAGAGAAUGUCUUGCUGCAUGCACAACAACAGAUAGCCUUGCAGAGGUUUAUGCUACAACCUGGCACACCAUCUACGAAAGUUUUGUGCUUAACUCAGAUGGUAGCUGAAGAUGAGCUCAAAGAAGACGAGGAUUACAAAGAUAUAUUGGAAGACAUUAAUAUGGAGUGUGGGAAGUUUGGUAAUUUGGUCAAUGUUAUUAUUCCCCGCCCAAACCCAAAUGGCGACCCUACACCAGGAGUUGGAAAGGUGUUUUUGGAGUAUGCAGAUGUUGACAGUUCAACGAAUGCUCGGCAAAGACUCAACGGCAGAAAAUUUGGUGGCAAUGAAGUGGUGGCGAUCUUCUAUCCAGAGAACAAGUUCUAUCAGGGAGAGUUCGAUGGCUAGUUUUUACAUGAGCUUGGUGGGGGUAGUCACACUCUACUACUAUUGGCCAGACGAACUCUAUUGUCUUUGGCAAAACCUGUGGCCUUGUAAUCUUUUUAUCUACUGAACCUGAGACUGGCCUUUCUCCACCACAUCGCCGGGCUCGCCCUUCAAAUGGUGGGACUAGGCAAUGUCAGGCUUUAGUUUUAAUGCUUUCUAAUCUCUGCUUCCCAUCUCCAGUAAUCUGUAAUGUAAGAAGAUUCCCAGGCUAAUUUGCACCUGUUACUGGAUUUUUGCCUCUCUGAAUAUGUAUUGUAUGACAAUAAUAUGAAAUCUGUAGAAAUGAAUUGCAUUUGUAAUCACUGCUUAUUACAAGUUUACAACGGCUGGAUCACCUGGAUAUUUUUAAGAACAGCUGUAAGUCUGUAGUCCUUGCUUGCUGCAUGUCA